AUGUCACACAGUGCGCAGCGCAUCUUCCGAGAGGCCCUUAGCGACCCCGCGCUGAGGCUGCGAGUCGUUAGCAACAUGUCGCCGUCGCUGCCGCGCAAGAUCUCCCGCAAGCAGCCGCCGCCGGUCGCUCCCAAGCCGCCUGUCACCGAGAGGGACGACGUGGGCGGACUGACGCCCUCCAAGCUGAUGGAAGCGGGCGUGGUCGCGUCGCCGGGGCGUGGCAGCCCCCCGCCGAAACCCGCGCGCCUGCACGACCGCCAGGACAUCAUGCACCCGACGAACACACGCAAGAUCGGCCGCAAGAUACGCAUCCAGCUGCUGAAAGGUAGGGGCGAGGUACCCUGA